GCCAUAUAAAACGUAUCGAACCUGGAUAUCCUUGAGGCUCCUCCCUACGAUAUCACAUACCCCUGUGAGUCUAUGGACCUGUUCAGUUAUAUAAGCACUAGGUAAGAACUCAGCCAGGCUUUUCAGGUAGGACCAUUUCGUCGUGGGAUGCUGGACUAUUUAAAUAAAAGGAGCUGGUUGAUGUUUUCAUUUAGCGUCAUUUAACGCCAGACCUAAAGACCAACGUCUCUGUAUCGCUGCAGGUGUCCCAGCGGAGUGGAACUGCGAGGUAACACUCCCAGCUGAACUGAACUACACCGAGAGCGGAGCUCCGCGAUCAGAGUAGCAAUGAGAAGAGACCGCACCUCCGAGCGAAGGGCAAAAGUACGGACUCAACGAGCAAUGCACCUGCAAUGACAGAGCGACGAUAGGAAUUGCAACGUGACAUGAUCGGAAUUACUGACAUCAAGACUUGGAUUUAAUUUAAGACUUUAAGACUUGACGUCUCUUUUAGCGGACAGUCAAAGACUGGAAGCUGUGUAUUUCGUACUGUGUUCGUUGUAGGCUGAGGUGGUUCGGGAUGGCGUUGCCUACCAGCACGGCACAGACAGAUAGCGACCCGUCCCGUGCUUGCUUAGAGAAGGACCCAGAGACUUGCUCCAUUGUCUCUGUCUAGCGACCAGGCAGAGAAGAGUAUGCUAGACAAGGCAUCAGCUGUUGUAUGGUGACCGGAGACAAGAGCCUGUUUUAUGAAUGGUUUCUUUUGCAGAUACAUCAGAGACCUGCAGUCGGAGAAACCACAGUGUACUGCUUUACUAAAGAAUGAAUAGUGCUCCCGGUCUGUCACAAUGCUCGGCAUUCACACCUGUCGCGGUAGACUGUGUUUUAUUUAAAUCUCCCAGGAAGCCACCAACCAUUAGUAGCCGACAGCAACAUGAACCAAGAAAGAGAUGGCUAUGAGGAUGUUGCUAAACCUGAACAUUUCUGUCCUGGUUAGAGGAUCACUCACAUACUGACAGGGACACUGUUGUGCAUAUGAAACAGCCUUAGAGACCUUGUAGGUGAUCAGAAAUACAGUGGACUGCUAUGUAAAUUGAUGGUUAGUUUGUAUGGCAGUGCAACACCAAGGACGCUAUACUGACAGCUUUUCCAUCAAUGCCUUUUCAAUAUAAAUAUUAUGGAAUGUGACUAGUGUUAAUACUUGUUUUAAACCAAGAAUUUGCACAUUUAGUUAAUCUUGUCUUAUUAAUGUCAGACUGGCUUACAGUCAUAUUUCUUGGCACGCAUGGUUGUGUUCGUCCGAGCGAUCUUCUAAAUAUACUCCGGACUGCACUGCUGAAUUAUCACUGACAUAACUAAGCUCAAGAGGUUCCCAAGAGUUCCCAAGGAGCAACUGCAAAAUCAAAACUGAAAGGCGGUUUAUUUUUAGAAAUUAUUUUCAUUAAGCAAUAAGGUGAAGGACUCACAAUAAGCUCAAAUCAAGCUCAAUGGAACCCUGAGGUGAUUUUCAAGAUUUCCAGUCCUGCCAUCCUCUCUCUCUGCACUCUUUCGGGGAAUGAGUUCAUACCAAUGCACCUGCGACUACUCAUCCGGCUCAUGGAACAAGAGUGUCAUCCCAGACAGCAUCUAAUUUUGUAGGGAAGUCUAGCCAGACGUCCUCAAACAGUUGGCAUCUGUCCUGAGCACCAUUAAUCAGCAAAAAUCAUGUCAGAGCUGGAGGACUAUUCCCCUCCAAGGGGCCACCCGCAUCCUGACCCGGCCCGCAUCCAACAGAACCUCCUGGAGGAGCAAGUGGAGCUCUGGUGGUUCAAUGAACCACGCAAAUCUUUAUUAUGCUACUGCGCCUCAGUGUGCCUGAUCUUAGGCUGCGGCCUGGGUGGCGUAGGCCUGCUCUCCACCACCACCAGUCUUUCCAGCGAGUGGAGGCUUGGAGCCGGAACGGCCCUUUGCCUUCUCGCCCUGGCCGUUCUCCUCAAGCAGCUGCUGAGCUCUGCAGUACAAGACAUGAACUGCAUACGCAGCAGGCGGCGAAUCGACAUGUUGAAGAGCGGGGGAUUGUCCGACAUUCUGGUCAUGUUGAUCACAGGAAUCUCUUUGCUUAUUUGUGGGGCCGUGCUCCUGGAUAUGGCCCUGGCCUACCACAUGCCCAAACCUGGGAAGGCUCUGAAUGACAUGUACAUAUCUGGGCUGGUGCUUUUGGUGGGUGGAAGUUUUACAGUGUUAGCGGUCGGAGUUUAUUCCGCAGUGGUUUUCUUUAUGGAGAGGACAGGCCCGGGACAGAGAAGAUGGGAGAGGACAGUGGGAAUCUUCACCAUUUCAGGCCGAAUGCAGGCGAGGAGAGAGACAGCAUCAAGCUUGGCUCGUCUGAUUUAACCGCGUGGCUCUACACGGCACUCUUGCCGAGAACAUGAAAUAAGACACUGAACUUUGCAGUCAUAAAAAAGCCUUCAGUGAAACUUUGCACUCAUUACACGACAGCACAAAUCACACGUGACAUUUACAAUUACAUCCCACGAACAGACUAAAGGUUUGAGGCGUUAAACCUCGGCGGUUUUAGGCACAAACAUUCAGCUUUUACAUGCUUCACUACAAUGGGGAAGUACUGAUAAAAAGCACAAAAACAAAUUUAACUCAAGUUUGAACAUUAACAAUUUGUUUUGAGGUAAAACAUGCUGCUUUUUCUCACGUUGAUAGCCUCCAAUUGGAAACCGUGUCCUUCACGGCAUUAUUUAUGUGGGCAGUGGCAAGCAUGCCAAGUGGGUGUCCAUCUGGGGAUGUCUUCAGUUUUUCAUGGGAUUUAAUGUGUGUGUCAAAGAUCGGCCGUGUUGGUUUGCACGUCCGUGAAUUUACACUACAGCUUCGUCCUGUGUGCAGGCUACACUAGGGAUGAAUUAAUUACACACAUAGAUUUUUGUUAUGCACAAUUCUCUUACAAAGAUUUGCAUAUUUGGAGAACGCUUUAUGCAAAGGGACUUACAUUUAAAUAGUACAAUGUUUAAAGUCCCCGUGAACCGGAAGUUGCGAUCGUUUUUACUUCCGUAUUCUGACGCAUUUCUGAGUGAAACAAUUUUGAAAUGAGAAAAAAUAGUGGGUGUGGCUUGUGGUUUUCACUGCGAAUUGAUUUGAUGCAUAAAAACAGCCAUUGCGUUUUUAAAUGGAAUUGGCAGCAGACUGACAUUCGAAGGGGAGGAGUUAACAGAUGCUCCGCCCAAGCCGUCUAACAUAUGUCAUUUGAGAUGAAUAGUCGUUAGCUUACAGGGAGGAAGUGCAUUUUCAGAUUUUAACUGAAGAUUAUAAGGGCACAGGAAUUUUAAAAAGAGAAUGAUGGUAAGCUAUUGACAAUAAACACUGUAAUAUUUUCAUCAAGAAUAGAAUUGUAAUUAUUUAUUUCACUGGGACAUUAAUCAGUGUUUUCCAUGGGAUUGAUGUUAAAGAAAGAUAUUUUAUUUGUUGCAAUAAGCUGAUUUACAUUUUCAUGUAAGUUGUUGGUAUUUGAUUUUGCAGGGUUUAUGAAAAACAUUCACAAACAGAUGGAGAUAAACAGAUGGCAGGUUGUUGCCAAUUUAGUGGAAAUCUAUUUAAAUUUGUAUGCAUAGUAAACAAACGUUCAGGCUCCAGCGUGACAACUUUCAGAAAUGAAGAAGCUGCACAAGUAUAAAACUGCUCUGGAAUACUGAAAGCUCCCAAAAGUGUUUUGGACGGCUUAAGCCUUAAGCCACAGUUAAAAUGUAUGAACAGCAUUGGAUUAAAUAAGAAAACAUUAAACCGAGAGUCAGAGUAACAACUUCAUAAACAAUGAACUAAACUUCACUAUGGUGUGCUUGGGACCACUUGGUUAACAGUAAUUGCAGUAAGUUCUGAGAAUAGGCCUUGCAUCAUUUAUUUGCAGAUGGCACUUGGUUUGAUAGCCUACUCCUCUGUCUAAAGCAAUGUAAUUAAUGCAUUUUCAAUGUGGCUUAAGUGCCUUAAUAUUUUAUGAAGCCACUGUGGAUUGGAGUGGUCUUUCAAAGCUGAAGUGAGAUUCUUUGUAGAUUUAUCUUCUUUUUUUCCAAAAUCAUUACAGAGUAUUAUUUAAAAAUAAAAGAGAACAGCUAUCAACUGCUGGGUGGGUCUUUUUGUUCUUUUUACAAAUGUGUUUACAACCAUGCAGCCGAUUCAUUCAUUCAUCCAUCGCCCAUCCUGUGAAGACAGAAGCAGGAUCUGAAACGGGCUGAGGAGGGACACAGACGAGGAUAGCUUGUGUUUGGCAAUGGUUGUUUUAUGCAUAACAAGCUUGCUAUUGUGUAACAGCUGCUAAGUCACCAUGUAAACAAUAGCUGACUUUGUGACCCAUUGUCACCCAUUUAUUGGCCUGUCAUGUGUUAAGUGUGAUAAGAACAAUUUAGAGCUCAAGUCAAGCAAAAAUAGCAAUGAAUACAGUCAGCACUCUUAUUUACUGUAUGAUGUUUUUUUUCUAUGAUUAUGGCUCAGGUCUAUCGUUAUGAAACAGCCAUGUAUAACAGUAUUGAAAUAUCCAAAGGUAAAUCCCAUAGAGUGCAAAAUGAUUACAUAACUCUUGCAAUAAUAAAAACUCCCUUUAUUUUCUUACAGUGACUUUUCUGUAUAGUAUUGAGCAAAAAAGUUAUCAAUAAAAAAGACAAAGAAUACAUAUUUUAGAUUUAGCAAAAGGGUGAAAUAAAUAUCAAGAUGCCACCAUGCCAUUGACCUUUGGUAAAUAAAUGAGGGGAGAGAACCGUUUGGACAGCAUGGCAGCAAAUAUAAUUUGUUUCCCCCUGCAAAAGUGGCAGACUCUUGCAGACACACACAUAAAGUACAUAUGCGGUAGCUACAGUGCAUUCAAUUACAAAUUAACUGUGAAGUGAACACUUCAAAGUGUGAACACGAGUUGACAUUUUGACUAAUGUGGAUUAAAGAAAAAAGUGAUCAUAGUAAAGUGGAGCAUCCUGGCUUACAUCAGUUUAAAUGUGAGCGAUUUGCUGUUAGGU